UAUAUCUAAGUUUGUCUUAAUUUACUCUUCUUAAAUUUAUGCCGCAAUUCACAGUUGAAGAAGGUAAUAUGGAAUCCUUCUUGAUCCGGACACCGGACAACGUCUGUUGUUUUUUUCAAAGAUCUUUCUGUUGUUUUAUUUAUUUACUGUCCGUCAUUUAGAGAGGAGAGGUAAUUCGGCUCAACGUUCGUUUCCGUCACUAUCCCCCGCCGAUCUUCGGCUCUUGAUUCUUCUAUUCCGUUCUCCGUCCGGCGAGAUCUCCGAUCAGGAGAUCAAGCACAAAUCGCAAGUGAAAUUCUUCAUGGGGACUGAAAAUCCAAAUCCUCCAAGUUAUCCGGUAAGACCAGCUGCUACACCCUUUGCUGCUAUGCAAAGUACACCUCCUUUUUUAUCAUCUGGUCCUGUGGCUGGAUCAGAGUCAUCGUCCUUUCGUCCUGUACCUCCUGCUUCCUCUCAGUUUCGAGCACCUCCCUUUUCUUCUGGGCCUGUGGUUGGCUCAGAGGUACCUGCCUUCAGACCUCCCCCAUCAGGUAGGUCUAAUGAACUGGUUGGGCCACCUCCAUCAUCAUCAUCAUCAUCAUCACAUGGCCCACCAGCUGCAGGGUUCCAGCGAUUCCCAACCCCAUCAUUGCCCUCAGUAGGCCAUGCAGUGCCCCAGCGCACAGGUCAGCCGGUGUUAUCUCCGACAACCAGACCUGCUGCAGGCACUGUCGCAUCUCCUCCCAUCUCUCUUCUUUCACAGCCGCAACCACCUUCAAUACCCAUGGGAUCUCCUCCUCCAAGCAUGAAAACUGGACAAGUCAAUGGAAAUAUUCCUCCACCUGCUCAUCAACUGCUCUCAUCCUCCAGGCCAAAUGUCCAACCUUCUUCGCCGCCAGUCAGGCCAUCUUAUGUCACUACCCCGGGUAUUUCUCAGGCAACCAUUCCAGGGUAUGUUAAUGCACAACCGAACACUGUGGCUCAAGCUCAACCGAUGCAGCCUGCCUCCUUUACCUUGCAACAACGAGGCUACGCUCCAGGGGCACCUCCAACUCCUUUUCUUGCUCAACAAAGAAGUGUGAAUCCACCAAGCCUCUAUUCAGGAAACCAAAUGCAGCAUCAUGUCGUUGCGCCACCUACUGCAACUUCACCAGGCUUGGCAGAAGAUUUUAGUUCACUGUCUCUUGGAUCUGUACCAGGAUCAUUUAAUGCAGGUAUUGAUAAUGCAGCCUUACCAAGGCCGUUGGAUGGUGAUGUGGAACCAAAGUCUUUGGCAGAGAUGUACCCUAUGAACUGUAGUUCUAGAUCUUUAAGACUGACAACGAGUGGGAUACCAAGUUCUAUGUCCUUGGCAUCGAGGUGGCAUUUGCCUCUUGGGGCUAUUGUUUGUCCUCUGGCAGAACCUCCGGCUGGGGAGGAAGUUCCGAUAGUUAAUUUUGUCACCACAGGCAUCAUUCGUUGUAAAAGGUGUCGCACUUAUGUGAAUCCAUUUGUCUCCUUUACAGACAAUGGAAGAAAGUGGAAAUGCAAUAUAUGUUCAAUACUCAAUGAUGUGCCGGGUGACUAUUUUGCACAUGUGGAUGCCAGUGGAAGAAGAGUUGAUUUGGAUCAACGUCCUGAGCUCACGCAAGGUACUAUUGAAUUCAUUGCUCCAGCUGAAUACAUGGUCCGCCCUCCAAUGCCACCACUAUACUUUUUUCUCAUCGACGUAUCAAUAUCUGCUGUUAAAAGCGGCAUGAUUGAGGUUAUGGCACAAACUAUCAAGUCUUGUUUGGACAGCUUGCCUGGUUAUCCUCGGACACAGAUUGGUUUCAUAACGUAUGAUAGCACAAUACAUUUCUAUAAUAUGAAGUCAUCUCUGAUGCAGCCUCAGAUGAUGGUCGUGUCAGAUUUGGAUGAUGUAUUCAUUCCAUUGCCAGAUGAUCUUUUGGUCAACCUGUCAGAAUCUAGAAAUGUGGUGGAUGCAUUCCUUGAUAGUUUGCCCUCAAUGUUUCAAGACAACACGAAUGUGGAAUCGGCACUUGGCUCAGCUCUUAAAGCUGCAUUUACGGUCAUGAGGCAACUUGGCGGGAAACUGUUGAUAUUCCAGAAUACCCUGCCAUCGCUUGGUGUUGGCCGCUUGAGGCUGCGUGGAGAUGAUAUUCGAGUUUAUGGGACUGAUAAGGAACCUGCAUCACGAGCACCAGAAGAUCCAUUCUAUAAACAGAUGGCUGCUGACUUAACCAAGUAUCAGAUAGCUGUGAAUAUAUAUGCUUUCAGUGACAAGUACACAGAUAUAGCAUCCUUAGGAACACUUGCAAAAUAUACUGGUGGUCAAGUAUAUUAUUAUCCAAGUUUUCAGGCAAGUAUUCAUAAAGAUAAGUUGAGACAUGAGUUAACCAGAGAUCUUACUAGAGAGACUGCUUGGGAAGCAGUCAUGCGAAUACGAUGUUCCAAAGGAGUGCGGUUCACAAAUUAUCAUGGUAACUUUAUGCUAAGAUCCACGGACCUACUAGCACUUCCUGCUGUUGACUGUGAUAAAGCUUAUGCAGCACAGUUGUCUCUUGAAGAGACGCUGUUAACUAUGCAGACGGUGUAUUUCCAAGUUGCCUUGUUAUAUACAUCAUCUUCUGGAGAAAGACGAAUCAGGGUGCACACUGCAGCGGCUCCGGUUGUUGCAGAUCUAGGAGAAAUGUAUCGCCUGGCAGACACUGGGGCAAUUAUCUCUUUGCUUUCCAGGCUAGCAAUUGAAAAAUCUUUGUCCCACAAGUUGGAAGAUACUCGAAAUGCUGUUCAACUUAGGAUUGUCAAAACCCUCAGAGAAUACAGAAAUCUUUAUGCUGUUCAGCAUCGCUUGAGCGGAAAGAUGAUUUACCCUGAAUCACUGAAAUUCUUACCCUUGUAUGGAUUGGCACUAUGUAAAUCACUACCCCUCCGUGGUGGAUAUGCUGAUGCCCAGAUUGAUGAACGCUGUGCGGCUGGCUAUACCAUGAUGGCUUUACCUGUCAAAAAGCUGCUGAAACUUCUCUAUCCUAACCUGGUUCGCGUGGAUUACUCUGUUGUAAACCUAUCUCCUCAAACCGAUGAAUCUAACAUCAUCAGAAAGAGGCUACCACUUACUGCAGAUUGCUUAGAUACCAGAGGUCUUUAUAUCUUUGAUGAUGGUUUCCGGUUUAUUAUAUGGUUUGGCAGAUCCAUUUCACCUGAUGUAGUUAGAAAUUUGGUAGGCGAAGAUUUUACUGGAGACUACUCAAAGGUUAGUCUUUCUCCGCGAGACAAUGAAAUGUCAAGAAAACUAAUGAAGAUACUUGAUAAGUUUAGGGAGAGUGACCCGUCAUAUUAUCAACUCUGUCAUCUUGUGAGGCAAGCUGACCAACCAAGAGAAGGCUUCUUCCUACUUGGAAAUCUAGUGGACGACCAGAAUGGUGGAGCCAAUAGCUAUGCUGACUGGAUUUUGCAACUACACCGGCAAAUUCAGCAAAAUACAUAAUAUACAGGCAAAGAACUCCUGAUCAUUGCAAGAAUACUUUGGAUCAAAUGCAUGCUGCCAGUCAAACCCAGAUUGCCAAGACUACAACAUACAUAACACUUUCUUGGAGGCAAAGACAUAGGUCUAAUGACGAGCAUUGAUUCUUCGAGUGUCUUCUAAUUGAGAUCGCCCGGUAAUACAGUAUUCUUAUGCUAUUAAUGCAUUUUGGUCGCUCCUGGAUCGCAAGUGGAAGGGGACUCAAGGAGGUACUUCCUGAUCAACCCGCUUUACUCAUUUAUGCCUGUAAUUUGGGGAUAUGCAGAUCAACUUCAAAUAAGGAUUGGAGAAAUUUUAAUAUAUGAUGAGUUUCUUUUUGGUUUUCGGGUUAUAGAUGGCAAUUGAUACUUAUUAGUUAAUGUAUUUUGAACUCGAUUUCUUUUCUGGAGACUUGAAACUUAGAUGAAUUUUAGGGUUGUGUACGUAGGUCUAGACUGGUCGGAAA